AUGACCCGCGGGAUCUCGACGCUCCUGGCGUCCCCCGCGCCGUGCACCGCAGCGCCCGCGCGGGUGACCAUCGGACAUAUACAACUCCGCGACGUGCUCAUCUGUCCACACGAACGAGGCAUCGUGACGUACCCGCAGAACUGCUCGAUCGUCGAGCAUGAUCUUGCGAUACCGAACUCGGUACGUCUCUUGCUCUCCCGGCCGUCGGCACCGCGAGCCGCGCUGAUGAUGAGCGCCUCGUGGCCGCAGACGCCCCGCCGCCUCGCCGACCUCGAGUUUAUACCCAACUCCCUCUCCGCGCUCACUCUUCCCGACUCUGGCGACACCCUCCUCGCUGCUGGCGGCCAGGAAGCGGAGCUCCACCUUUCAUACUACUCGUCGUCGUCCUCGUCGCAAACUUCUGAUGGCCGGCCUGGGCGUGCCCGCGGAUUCGGCCGCAAGCAAUGGGAGUCGAAAUACAUCAUGGAUGAAGCUUCGAUCAAUAACUCUGUGCUGCUGACGUCACUGAGCUUGACAGGCUCUCAUGAAAGCAGCGCUGAGCCCCGUGUGGUCGUCAGCAACAACGACCGCACUGUCAAAUUUUUUGACGUCGCCGUGCGCGUGAGCGAUGACGAUGAGGAAGAGGUACCGCGGCUGUCCGAUGUGGGCCAGCUGCAUCUUGAAGUUCCCAUUAACCAUUCGUCGAUAUCACCCGACGGGCGGACCCUCCUCUGCGUGGGCGACUCCCCCGACGUCUAUCUGCAUCGCGUAACUGGGGGUGCCCGCAUCACGUUCGCGCCGAUCGCGAAACUUUCACUUUCUCCAUAUCUGAGCGUAAAUCCAUAUUUAUCCUACUUAUCAACAUCGACUGUCCCCGCGUCGUUCUCAACCGCGUUUUCGAGUGAUGGCUCCAAAUUCGCCGUCGCGUCGCAGGAAGGAGUCGUCGCCAUCUGGGACGUGCGCAGCACAAAACCGCUGAAGAUUUUCCAUACGGAUCAGACAAGGCCUUCUGGCCGUGAGGGCAACGGCGGUGCCAGUGGAUGGCUGUACGAGUCCCCGUGGGACUGGACGAAUUCAGGGCGGAGAGCGCCGGGCUGGGGCGUAAGGAGCAUCAAAUUCAGUCCGGCCGGUGUGGGUCGCGAAGUGAUGACUUUUACGGAGCACACAUCACUCUUGCACGUGAUCGAUGCGCGCACGUUCGACAAAGAAGAGAUUGUGCGCGUCCCCAAUUUCGAUGUACCAGCGGCUCUCCAGCCGUUUCCGUCUCGGCGGUCAUCAUCACCGUCCCGCCAAUCUCCGCCCUACGCUACUCCGGACCCGCCCCCACCGCCCCCACCGCGGAUUGUGCUGUUCAGCGGGGCGCUCGAAGACACUUUCCGGAUACCAUCGGCGGACAGCGACGGCCGAUGGCGUCCACGAUCUGACCGCGACAGACGACGGGGUCAGGAGGAGGCUGCAGACGAAGAUGUCGACAGCAUCAUCGUCAUCCCGCCGCUGGGCGACCGGGAGGUGGAAAAUGACGUCCGGCGGUUACUCGGGCAGCAUGGUCUGCACUCGCGCUCAAUCACGCUGCUCAACCGCGAGGCGUCAGAAAACGACGGCGAGGGCGCUGGAGAAGAGAUGGAGGUAGACGAGCUAGAGUCCGACUGCUUCUCUUCGCAUACACCCUCCCGCGCGUCUUCACCUGUGCCACCCGCGGCUUCUGCAUCAACGUCGCAGCUAUCGCUGCAACCCUCGGCAACGCGCCCGCUUGAGCUGCUUCGUCUGCCGCGACCCAGUGUUCUUGCACGUCGCGAGAGCACGGGCCCAUAUGCUACCACCCAUCGCAUGUCGGCCGCCGGAGGUCUUGCGCGGCGGCACAGGCGCAGCGGACAGCUGGACGCCCCUAUGCCUGAUGUAGACCAGGACCUGGCCGGUACUUGCUUUGACCCGUCGGGCGCGUUCGUGUACGUCGCGUCGGUGAAAGGCGUUGCGGAGUGGAAGGUGCGCGGGGCGGAGCAACGGUGGUGGACGGACCCGGGGUUCCUAUGA